GAUAUCUCACCUGAUAUACAUUUUAUUUCUCCAGGUUGUAUAUCAGAGCCAGCGAAGGUCGCGAUGCUCAGAGGAACUGAGAUUACAGCAACAGUGUGGAUUCCUCAGACCAGCGAAGACGAAGUCCUUGUUUCACUCACGUGUGCCGAGGAUCAGAUCUACUUUGUGCGCAGAAUAGAAAUUAAAAAGGGGCUCGUGAAUGUGAAAGAAAUGAGAGGCGGAAUCGACAAGUAUGACACUUUCGACAUUCCAGAAGGCGUCCUUCGUCUUGGAUGGAUGGAUUUCACCCUGGCUCUCAGUUCAAGAUUUCGAGUGAUGAUGGGAAACACGACUAUUGCAGACAUUGAAGAUGUGCUGACAAGCUCAGUCACAAUCCAAGGCAGCAAUGUGACUGUUGGCUGCAGUGAGCCCAUAAUCGCGUGGGAGGUGGCUGAAGAGCGAGAAACGGUCAUCCCGGUAGCUGGUAUGGUGCCACACAAAGUCUCGCUCUUCUCCAGGUCAGCAUCGCUUCCUGUGCUCUCACUUGGCCCCAACACACUUCGACUUAGCUGGGACCCAAUCACCAAGUCCAUCACUACACUUGCUUCGGAUCCGCGCCCCUUGCCGGCUUUCCUCGUGCACAACCUGACUGUGGACUGCCACCCAUGGGGUGCUCUCACGAAGUGUGAUAUACUGGCCGGCCCUAACGAUAGCCUUGCUGGGUCCGCCCUGCUGCCAGAUGACUUCACCUCCUUUUCUUUUCGAGCUAACAAUAAGGAUAAUUUUGUGGUCAUCUUGCAAUAUAGCAGACAAGAUGAAGUGGAGGAAAAAGUUUGCCCUGUGACGGAAAACCUCGCCACAAAUCCCCCCUACGCCGAGUACCAUGGAUGGAAGGUGGCGACGAUUGCGUGUGCGUCGUUGAAUGCAGUUCUUCUGACAGCUGUCAUUGUUCUUACUGUGAUAAUCAUCAAGAUAAAGAACGCGUCAUUUGACAGUUCACAUGCAAUAUUCAAAUCUUCAGCAUCACAGAAUAGAGCAGAAGAACAAAAUCGUAUGAAAUCACCGAAGCUUUUAGAUAACCCUUAAUUAAGAAGAAGUGAGAAAAAAUCCACACAGGGCAGUGAUUAAUCUGAGGAGUGUGAAGCACCAUUUUUUUCAACAAGGUGAUUUUCUAAAUGCUUAUCUUUAACUUUUAUGAUUAUUUUUCUGUUUUCCCCACUGAGUACUACAGUUGUUGAAAGAUAUUUUGGUAUGGUAACUUACCAAGUGGCAACAACUACCUCGUAGUAAAAAGAUUAUUUAUGAAUGAAUUGUGUUCAAUGUGUCUGAUUGGUGGGAGGUCAUGGCUGAUUUCCCUGUUGCUUUUCUUAUCCUUCUAGUCUAGUGAAUGGAAAGGAAAUAAUAUCAAUAUCUAUAUGGUGUACAUGAACAGAUAAAUGUUGAAUUAUUGCAUGGAUAAUUGUUUUAUACAUAUCGUCAAUAGAUAGGAUAAUUCCUUUACUAGCUGAUAAAUGAAAUGUAAUUAUCUAUACCGCCACUCCACUUUUCAAGAACAUGUAAAAGUAGAAAAGCUGAUAUAUAAUUUCGAUAUUACAUAUUGAUAAUUUCAGUUUUGCCAGCUUUCGCUUUACUUGGUGAAUGUCUCAAGUUCCUUUAUAAUCUUCUAUAAUCUUAAUUCAGUUCCGAGAACUUGUAAACAACAGAAGGCCAUAAAAAUGAAAAUAUAUAUAUAAUGUAUAAUGAUGCUGUAUGCGAGAGUUUUCACUACUUAUCUAACAUGCGGCCUCUAUAAACAUGCUGGAAGUGUGAAAAAAUAUCCGUGGCAGUACCUUUAGUAUUACAGUGAUAUAUGUCCUUUUUUUAGUUACUAAACAAGCGUUUAUCAAGGGGACCG